AAGGCUUGCCUUUCUUACAAGGCGGCAGGUUCAGACCCUUUCGAUCGGGUAAGUAUAACAACAGUGAGGCGAAAAACUGCUGCAGUGUAUCGACUAUUGCUAUCAUCUACUUCGGACGAACCAUGAAUGCCAUUUUCACCGUAUCUCUGCUCAUUAUCGCCAUAGCGGCCAUGGGAACAGAAUCCGCUACCAUACCUGGACUCCGUUGCAAGUGUAUUAAAAAUGCGCCGAGUAAUGAAAUCAUUCCGGAGAAAUAUGUGAAAAAGAUUGAUCGUUUCCCAGCCAGUCCCCUCUGCAAUAAAGAAGAAGCCAUUAUUCAUGGCAUAAAAGGAAAACAAAGAUGUGUGGAUCCUACUGCGAAAUGGGUGAAAAACCUGGAGAAAGCUAUCCAGCUGAAAGCAGCUGCAGCCGUCAACAGAAGCAACACCCUCUUCACCCCUGAGACCACAACCGCCCACAACUGAUGCCCACCACGAGGAGGAGUAAUGCCACCAUCACCCCUGAGACCACAACUGCCCACAACUGAUGCCCACCAUCACCCCUGAGACCACAACCGCAGACAACUGAUGCCCAUCACGAGGUGGAGUAAGACAGGGUGUCAAGGACCCACGCUGUGCUCCAAGUCUGACUCUUGACACAGGGGACUCUGAUGCCCACCAGCUGCACUGGUUGCCGUAGUGAUGAGAGAAUGGAGAAUGAAGAGAGAGAGGGCAGG